CCAAUUCAGAAAGAGCAAGCUCCGAUCUGAUCCACCGUGAAAACCAUCUCAUCAGCUUCUCUCCAGAAUUGUCAUGGUUUAUCACUCCAGUUUUGUUGAUGAGGAAGGAAUCACCAAAUCUUAUAGAACUGAUAUUGUUGAUGAAGCAAUCACAUUCUUUCGCGCCAAUGUUUUCUUCAGAAACUUUGAUAUCAAAAGCUCAGCUGAUAAGCUCCUAAUUUAUUUGACAUUCUAUAUCAAUGUGGCUUUGAAGAGGCUUGGGGGUUGCAGAACAUUGGCCGAAGGAACUAAGGCAAUUAUUAACUUGGGUUUGGAAAAGGUUCCUGUGCCUGGAGAGUCGGGUUUUCCUUUUCCAGGCCUCUUUUCCCCGCCUCAGUCUCAGCAAGAAGCAGAACUAUUCAGGAAUUAUCUGAAGCAGAUAAGGGAGGAAACGAGUGGGAGACUAUUAAGCGUUGCAUACAGACCAAAUGGGACUCCAAAUAAAUGGUGGUUGGCAUUUGCCAAGAGGAAGUUCAUGAACACUGUUGUUCCUUGAAUGCCUUGAUGUACAGAUGAUUCAAAGAAGACCACCAGUCCACCAAACCUUUUGUUCCCAUUGAUUUGAUGAAGAGGUAUUUAGUACAUCAUCCCUUUCAUUCCAUCAGUAAUGUCUUAUAUAGAAAUAAUGAACACUGACAACAUGGUUGCCUGUUUAUGAAAUCAAGGAGAAGUCGGGGGUUUAUUUGUUUAUGGGAUUUGUUUGUCAUGGAAAUAGUUUCUCUACAUGCAACAACGUUAGACUCUACAUAUUUGAACUUUCAAAAUCCACAGUAAUGACAUAGGUAGACUGGCUAGAGGGG